AAAUACAACACACCCAAAUACAGGAUGAUAGUUCAUGUAACAAACAGAGAUAUCAUUUGUCAGAGGGCUUAUGCCCAUAUAGAGGGGGAUAUGACAGUCUGCGCAGCAUAUGUACACGAACUGCCAAAAUAUGGUGUGAAGGUUGGCCUGACAGAUUACGCUGCAGCGUAUUGUACUGGCCUGCUGCUGGCCCGCAGGCUUCUCAAUAGGUUUGGCAUGGACAAGAUCUAUGAAGGCCAAGUGGACAUGACUGGUGAUAAAUACAAUGUGGAAAGCAUUGAUGGUCAGCCAGGUGCCUUUACCUGCUAUUUGGAUGCAGGCCUUGCCAGACCUACCACUGGCAAUAAAGUUUUUGGUGCCCUGAAGGAAGCUGUGGAUGGAGGCUUGUCUAUCCCUCAUAGUACCCAGCAAUUCCCUGGUUAUGAUUCUGAGAGCAAGGAAUUUAAUGCAGAAGUACACCCAAAGCACAUCAUGGGCCAGAAUGUUGCAGAUUACAUGCGCUACUUAAUAGAAGAAGAUGAAGAUGCUUACAAGAAACAGUUCUCUCAAUACAUAAAGAACAGCAUAACUCCAGAAAUGAUGGAGGAGAUAUAUAAGAAAGCUCAUGCUACCAUACGAGAGAAUCCAGUCUAUGAAAAGAAGCCCAAGAAAGAAGUUAAGAAGAAGAGGUGGAACUGUCCCAAAAUGUCCCUUGCUCAGAAUAAAAAUUGGAUAGCUCAAAAGAAGGCAAGCUUACUCAGAGCUCAGGAUUGGGCUAAUGAGAGCCAAACCAAACAAUUUUCUAUAAGGAUUUUUCAGAUAAAGACAAUAAACUUAUGGACAGCAAUUUAA